AUGGCCGACUCUGCCAACGCCCCAAAGCCCAGCAGCAGCGUCAAGCUGGUGCUUCUCGGUGAAGCCGCCGUCGGAAAGUCGUCUCUCGUUUUGCGCUUCGUUAACAACGACUUCCAAGAAAACAAGGAGCCCACUAUUGGUGUUGCGUCAACAGCCGCUUUCUUGACCCAAAAAUGCAAUCUUCCCACAAGGACAAUCAAGUUUGAGAUUUGGGAUACCGCCGGCCAGGAGCGCUUCGCCUCGCUGGCUCCAAUGUACUAUCGAAAUGCUCAGGCCGCUCUCGUCGUUUAUGACCUCACCAAACCCACAUCUCUGAUCAAAGCCAAGCACUGGGUCGCAGAGUUGCAGCGACAAGCAUCUCCCGGCAUCGUUAUCGCACUGGUUGGCAACAAGUUGGAUCUGACGGGUGACUCGGGCGCUGCUGCUGAUGGUGAAGAUGGCGAGGAAGGUGACGACUCUGGCGACGCACGCAAGGUUCCAACAGAAGAGGCUCAGGCAUACGCGGAAGAGGAGGGUUUACUAUUCUUUGAGACCAGUGCCAAGAGCGGGCAUAACGUUACCGAGGUUUUUACAGCCAUCGCAAACGCCAUACCCGAGACUUCAUUGAAGAGUGCUAGAGGAGCUGGCGCAUCGAAUGCUGCCAGCCGGGCAGGCGAGGAGCAAAGAGUAAAUCUCGGUGGUCCCAAGGAUGUUGGUGCUAAGGAUAGCUGCGCUUGCUAG